AUGGAUGCUGACACGGGGCGCCGACGGCUCCCCAGGCCGCGCCUACGAGGCGCCACAUGGAGAGAAGCCUUAUCCCGGAAGCAAAGCCGCCUCGUGGCUGAGUUUCUCCGGAGAAACUCUUCCUCGAAGCAGGCUGAUGCUCGAGGAGAGACCGCGUCUCGGGAUCCGAACAUAGAGGUUGGGAUUCAAGCAAAUCUUUCACAUGAUUUGCUCUACCAGAUUUUCAUGUUGCUCCCUGCUGAAUCCCUCUUUAGGCUGCAGUUUGUGUGCAAGCAGUGGUUUGGUCUGAUCAAUAGCUCGAUUUUUGUGUCGAGUCAUGCUCAGAAGUCGGAGACGGUCUUGAUAUCUCAGCAGAUGGCCUUUUGGCCUAGAGGGUGUGUGGGGAUGCCAAAGGCCUACUUCCAUUUCUUGAGUUUGGAUGGUUUGAGGAGUAGUUUUGUGGAGUCGAGUGUGGAUGAUUUAGGUAGCGUUCGAGCAAGCUAUGAUGGCUUGAUUCUCGGAUUUAAUUCGAGGAGGAAGAGAUUGUUGCUUAUGAAUCCUGUAACCGGGAAGUAUGUUGGUCUUCCAUUAGGUGUUUCAUGUCAUCAUUUAUGUGAAUCAUUUGGUAUAGCCUUUUGUAGUGAGGCGAAAACGUACAAAGUCGUGCACUUGUUCCGUGAGGUGUUGGGGGGUGUUGGUUGUGAGAUCUUGAGCGUUGAAACGAGGAAAUGGAGGAGAAUCGAGGAGCCACUUGAAUUGGUUCGGACUAGGCAAAAUCCGGUGUCUGUGGGGGGAUCACUGCACUGGCUAGGAGCUAGGCGGACACGUGAUUGCUUCAUUUCCUUGGACGUGUGUGAUGAGAAGUUUGUCACUAAGCAAUUGCCCGUGAAGAGGGCGUGGGGAGAUAGACUGGUUGAGAUCGCGGGGGGUCUUGGAUUUGUGAGCCGUGUAGAGGUUAAUGCGUUGGAAGUGUGGAUUCUGAGUGAUUUGGGAGGGGAAUGUUGGAUCAAGAAGUGUAGGAUCGAUUUGAGGGUAGAUUUUGUCCAAUACUGCGUCCCGGUUUGUAGCCGGAGAGACGGGAAGGAGAUGGUGCUUGAGUGCGUGAAAGGUCGCUUGUGUGUUUACGACUUUGGUAGGGAAGAAAUGAGGCUCGUGAGUUCGAGUUCGGGAUCAUCGGAUGGUGGUGAUGGUGAGGAGCCAUGGCUUGGAAAGAUAAAUAGGCUUUAUUUACCUCAUUGGAAUACGCUUGUAUCAUGUGGUGAUCAAAGUGUGAUCACAUAA